CAGUCUGUCAGACAGGAAUCCGGAUGUAGACGGACCGUCUCCCUCUUGACCCCCCUGGUGUCUUUGAUAUAUCCUGCCAUAGGCGGAAGUGUCUGGGAUUCUGCUCUGCUCAUCAAAUUGGUGGUUUGCGAAGGGAGACGGGGCGAACACUAACGUAGUCCUGCGACCCGGUCUGCACUCGGUCCUCCGACUCCCUCCAGCGUCGCUGUGCAUCGUUUAGCGUCGCUCUGUAUCGGCACGGGACAUGCGCGGUCAGGUUCGGCUUGUACUACACCAGACGUGCGCAAUUAUUGACGAACUAGCGCGAGGACAGAUGAGUGUUUGGUGAUAGUACGGAUGCGUGUUUAUCUCUAAUGGACGUGUUUUGUUAUAGCUCUGCGCAAUCAACGUGAACGCCUGCCGUGACACAGUAGAGGAUUAAGUUACUGCUGCUGGCGGUGGAUUAUUUUUAUUGGCCUCCUCCUGUCACGCCCGAGUCUUUAGGGAUCCUUUUUUUUCUUCUUUCUUUCUUCCAUUUAGGAGAAGUCGAAAGCCAGACAUGUCUUUCCGGCGCGGUGUCGUCAGGCAGAGCAAGUUCCGCCACGUCUUUGCCCAGGCGUGGAAAGCCGAGCACUGCAUCGACGACGUGAGAGUGUCCCGCGUGACGUGGGACACCGGCCUCUGUGCGGUCAACCCCAAGUUCAUCGCCGUCAUCAUCGAAGCCAGCGGCGGAGGGGCCUUCCUCGUCGUUCCGAUCAGCAAGAGCGGCAGAAUCGAUCAGACGUGUCCCACGGUGUGCGGCCAUGCGGGGCCGGUGCUGGACAUCCAGUGGUCUCCUCAUGACGACAACAUCAUUGCAAGUGCCUCAGAGGACUGCACCGUAAAGGUGUGGCAGAUCCCAGACGGGGGCCUGACGAGCCCAAUGACUGAGCCCAUUGUGAACCUCGAGGGACACAGUAAAAGAGUGGGAAUCCUGGCGUGGCACCCAACUGCUUUCAAUAUCCUCCUGACUGCAGGCUGCGAUAAUGUGAUUUGUGUGUGGAACGUGGGCACGGGGGAGCUUGUGUACCAGCUGAGUGAUGCCCACCCAGACCUGAUUUACAGUGUCGGCUGGAACAAGGACGGCAGUGCUGUCUGUACUGUCUGCAAGGACAAGGCUCUGCGUGUCAUCGACCCGCGAAGGGGCACCGUCCUCAAGGUGAAGGAGAAGGUCCAUGAUGGCACCAGGCCAAUGAGAGCUGUGUUCCUCUCGGAUGGGAAAAUCCUCACAACAGGCUUUAGCCGUAUGAGCGAGAGACAGAUGGCCUUGUGGGAUACGAAGGAUCUCUCUGAGCCAAUGGCAGUCCAGGAGAUGGAUACAAGUAACGGGGUCCUUUUACCCUUUUACGACCCUGACACAAACAUGGUCUACCUGUGUGGAAAGGGGGACUGCACCAUCCGGUAUUUUGAAGUGACGGACGAGUCCCCGUAUGUUCACUUCCUCAGCUUGUACAGCAGCAAGGAGCCCCAGAGAGGUGCAGGCUUUCUUAGUAAAAGAGGUGUCGAUGUCAACAAGUGCGAAAUUGCCAGGUUCUACAAACUGCAUGAAAGGAAAGUGGAACCCAUUUCAAUGACUGUACCACGAAAGUCGGAUCUGUUUCAGGGAGACCUUUACCCGGACACAGCCGGCUCCGAGCCGGCUCUCCUGGCUGAUGAAUGGAUCGCCGGGCAGGAUGCGCCGCCCCUGUUGGUCUCUCUGAGCGGUGGCUACUCGGCUCCUCCAUCCAAGCACCGAGACACCCUCCGAAGCAAACCCAAGCUUCCCUCGCAGGACUCUGGCACCGGGGCCGCCCCGCCCGGCAACGCGGCCGCGCCCACGUCUGGCUCUGCCGCCAAAGAGGCGGACGAAGAUGUGCCACAGCCCCGAGUAGCCACGCGGGAGACGGAUGGAAAUACCGAGAGGCCAAAGAGGGAGGACGAGUUGCUGAACGAGCUGUUGGCAGAAAUGAAGGCAUUGCGCGCUGUCGUCCUCGCUCAGAGCCAGAGAAUAGAGUUACUGGAAAGACAGCUGGCUCGAAUUGAGGACGGGGAUGUAUGAGCGUGGCAGAGAACCACUACAUUCGUAGGGCAUAGUUACUAAAUCCAGACCGUAGCCUUACUAGAAUCAACAGUACCGUGAGCUGUGUGAGUGGAAGAGUGUAGUGCAGGAUGCCGACUAGCUGUGGAUCUCAGUGGCUUACAACCAGGUCCACUAUUGUGAUGAAAACGAGACCACUCAUUAUUUCUGUGAAUGUUUUCCAGCCUCUGUGAUUGAGAAAGGGCGUCAUCUCCGUAAAGGUGAAUUCUGACAGUGAGAUAAUAUUUUGUUUUUCAUAUGAAGGAGUAUUGUAGCAGCUCUUUGGUGGCACAUAUAGUGCAGCUUUGAGCUUUGCAUUACCCACACUUAUAUUGCACAAAGUAUUGAUUACAAGCAUUGUGUUAAAGUUAAUGAAGGAUGACCUAUGAUAGCAAAGCAAAUGGGGACCUCCGACAUGAUUUUCUUCCUCUAAAGCACUCACAAAUAUAACCAUUAGGGCUAUUUAAUCAAGUAGUUGAAGCUGCUAAACUGUGAUGUCAUAUCAGGCCCCCAAUUGUUAUUCAUUGUGUGACUUAUGCUUUGUUUCACUGCUUCAUUAUAGGACGCCAUGUGUAAAUGUAACCGUAGAAAAAUAUUGUGGUACACAUACCAUGACCGUGAGAGUUGUGUGGCUGAUAGCUGACGGGAGUGUAGCUGAAUAGUUUAUGUGUAUCGUGAUUUUGUGUCGUCUUUGCAGUCGAUGAAAAGGUAGCACUUUUUUUCCCUUUUUUUAAACAUUUUUUUUACGCGUUAUCAGGAACGAGCUGCGGCUUUACAAAGAUUUCUGUAAUCUCACACGGCAUAGUAUUUGUCCACAUAAUCAUUAAGAGAUUAAAUACACAUAAAUUCUUGCCUCUUUCCUUAAGACUUGUGUAGAAAGGCCGCAGUAUCUUGUGCCCCCUAAAAUAAACUUGAUUUCGAGUUUAGUCGUCAGUUGUGCACGAGCUGUAAGCUAAAAUAAGAGUUAUUCUGUGGACAUGGCCGAAGUUAUGCUGUAUACAAUACAUGCAAAUAUGACCUAGCAUAAGUAACGGUGCAGUCUCAGAACAGCAUUUCAAAGAGGAAGUUUCUCUGAAAUGGAAAUCAUUUUUGCAUUUAUAUUGGUGUUAAAGAUGGCUCUUUUUUUCUUUUCUUUUUUUACUUUGGAUUUGUGUUUUUUGCCAUUUACGUUUAGAGACAUUUUUCUGUUACCUGUCGGUCGGUGAAUAUGUAACAAUGGUACAUUCCACUUCAAGCUUAUCCCUUUUAUUACUCGCUUUAUAUUUCUUUAUGCACUGACCUCCCAACACUAACUGUAAAUCCAGUAGCAGAUUAAAUGAGACUACAUUGUGAAAGCUUAAUAAACAUGCAUUCCUCCUUUUGUAUUAAAGGAAAUGUUCUGAUCAUGA